UCACUUCCGGGUUAGAAUCAUGUCAAAACAAAACCACGCUCAAGUUUCAUGACCCAGCUUGCAUCGCAUUAAGAAAUUUCCUGUGGAAUUUCCACAUGAUGUUAUGGCCCAUAUAUUUCGAUUAACUGACCGGAAGGGUUUUUCUGUAUGCACGAUCACCUCAUGUGCAUAAAAAUAGGAAUACAAGUGUUGUGGGUCUGCCAUCGUGUACAGAUUCAGUUGACAGAAUGAGGGACCUGCCUCCUGAGCUGUUGUUGCAGAUCUUCCAGAACCUGACUGCAUCUGAUCUGUGCAGUGCAGGGAGGGUGUGUAGGUACUGGGGUUGUAUAAGCACAUCAGAGAUUCUGUGGAGGAAACUUUGUGACACACUGGAGGUGAAACCAGAACUCUUACACAAUGAUCGGGCACUUGGAUACUCCUGGAAGGAAGUGUACCAGAUGAACCAUGGCAGUCGAGGCCGGAGGCGACAGUGGCUGAGAGGGUGUCACAGCAACUUCAGUUCGUAUCAGGAACUGCCGAAACAAAUCAUGUGUACCAUGGAUGUAGAAGGAUGGGAGCAGAUAUUCCAAAUGGAAUUAGAGAGAUAGCUGUAAUAUUGAUUGAGACAAUUGUCAUUGAUCUUGAUACAUGAUCAAGCAAUUUUUGGAGUGUAUUUGAAUUUUUGUUAGUAUUUAUUGAAAGUUUUCAGUUUUUAAUCUUAAAUUGUUUGUUAUA